UGCAGAGGUCGCCUGAGACCCCGGAAGUUGAUUCUGCGGGGGACUGUUGCGGGCUCUGACACCCGGCUCGCGAUGGGUUGCGACGGAGGAACAAUCCCCAAGAGGCACGAACUGGUGAAGGGGCCCAAGAAGGUUGAAAAGGUUGACAAAGAUGCUGAAUUGGUGGCCCAGUGGAACUAUUGUGCUCUAAGUCAGGAAAUACUAAGGCGACCAAUAGUUGCCUGUGAACUUGGCAGACUGUACAACAAAGAUGCUGUCAUUGAGUUUCUACUGGACAAAUCUUCCGAGAAGGCCCUUGGGAAGGCAGCCUCCCACAUUAAGAGCAUUAAGAAUGUGACAGAACUGAGGCUUUCUGACAAUCCCGCCUGGGAAGGGGACAGAGGAAACACAAAGGGUGACAAACAUGAUGACCUCCAGCGGGCGCGGUUCAUCUGCCCAGUCGUGGGCCUGGAGAUGAAUGGCCGACACAGGUUUUGUUUCCUGCGGUGCUGUGGUUGCGUGUUUUCUGAGCGAGCCCUGAAAGAGAUAAAAGCAGAAGUUUGUCACACGUGCGGGGCCGCCUUCGGGGAGGACGACAUCAUCGUGCUCAAUGGCACCAAGGAGGAUGUGGCAGCGCUAAAGGGCCGGAUGGAGGAGAGGCGGCUGCGGGCCCGGCUGGGGAAGAAAGCAAAGAAGCCCAAGGUGGCAGAGACGGUGUCCAAACCGGACGUCAGUGAAGGGACGUCCGGAGAGAAGCCUGAAGAGCCCAGCCCCGACUCGCAGGACAAGAAGACCACCCCGGCUUCCAGGAGCGCAGCUAACGGGGGUCCUUCUGGAAAAGUCGGGAAGCCUCCUGGUGCGGCCACAAAGAGGUCCAUCGCCGACAGCGAGGAGUCCGAAGCUUACAAGUCCAUUUUCACGACCCACAGCUCCGCCAAGCGCUCCAAGGAGGAGUCGGCCCACUGGGUCACCCACACGUCCUACUGCUUCUGAAGCCCGGCCACGCCCCCACGCAGGCUCCUUGGGGCUCACAGAGGCAGGUGCUGGGGCCACCAGUGGGGUCAGGGCCUCUUCAUGGGGUCCUCAGGUUGUCCCCCAGACCCUGGUGCCAGCGUGGUCACUCUCUGAGGAGCAUGGUGGGUGGCUGGCAGGUUGACCUUGCUGGGCCACCACGCUGGCCCCUCUGCCCUCUCCCCCCACUUAGAGCUCCGUCCACGACCCAGAAGGCUGCGCUGGCUGCACGUCUGUGCUCAGUCAUUAAAGGUCCCGGAUGCCUUGUG